GGCGCACCCGUAUACCUGACCAACAGGGGCAAUUCGAAGAUCCCAAACGCUUUACGUUUUUGUUAUUUUUAUAUUUUUCAUCUAUAGACUUGGGGGAAGGGUCAAGAAUCUGAAGAGCUUUGAUCCCUCAAAAAUCCAUCAAUGGCGGGGGUAUCUUUGAAGUGUGGGGACUGUGGGGCACUGUUGAAAUCGGUGGAGGAAGCCCAGGAACAUGCCGAACUCACUUCCCAUUCCAACUUCUCCGAGUCCACUGAAGCCGUUCUCAAUCUUGUUUGCUCCGCUUGUGGCAAACCAUGCCGAUCCAAAACAGAAAGCGAUUUGCAUACAAAACGAACAGGGCAUACCGAGUUUGUAGAUAAGACUUUGGAGGCAGCAAAACCAAUCAGUUUGGAGGUCCCAAAGGUAGCUAUGGACUCAGAGGAGGCUGUUGAUGCAGGUAGCACCAGCAAAACCAAUCAGUCUGAAGAGAUAGUUGUGCCAGAGGUUGACAAAAAACUGCUUGAAGAACUGGAAGCGAUGGGUUUCCCUACUGCACGAGCAACACGUGCUCUCCAUUUUUCUGGUAAUACAAGUCUUGAGGCUGCCGUGAACUGGGUAGUUGAACAUGAGGCUGAUCCAGACAUAGAUGAGAUGCCCAUGGUAUCUGUCAAUAAAAAUGCUGAGGCACCGAAACCUUCUCUUACACCGGAAGAGAUGAAGCUCAAAGCACAAGAGCUAAGAGAGCGGGCUCGGAAAAAGAAAGAAGAAGAGGAGAAGAGGAUGGAAAGAGAAAAGGAAAAGGAGAGGAUUCGAGUGGGCAAGGAGUUGUUGGAAGCAAAACGUAUUGAAGAAGAAAAUGAGAGAAAACGUUUGAUGGCCCUGCGGAAAGCUGAAAAAGAGGAAGAGAAACGAGCAAGGGAAAAGAUUCGUCAGAAAUUGGAAGAAGACAAGGCAGAGAGAAGGCGGAGGCUAGGGCUGCCACCCGAGGAGCCUUCAGCAGCACUGAAACCUUCUGCGCCUGUCGUGGAGGAGAAAAAGAGUGCAUUGCCAGUUAGGCCUGCCACAAAGGCAGAGCAAAUGCGUGAAUGUUUGCGAUCUCUCAAGCAAAAUCACAAGGAUGAUGAUGCCAAAGUGAAGAAAGCAUUCCAGACGCUUCUGACGUAUAUCGGAAACGUGGCCAGGAAUCCGGAUGAGGAGAAAUUCAGAAAAAUUAGACUCAAUAAUCAAACUUUCCAGGAUAGAGUUGGAUCUCUGAAAGGAGGAGUGGAGUUCUUGGAGCUUUGUGGAUUUGAGAAAGUCGAAGGACAGUUCUUGUUUCUCUCAAGAAACAAGGUUGACAUGCAAGUUCUCAACUCAGCUGGAUCCGAGCUCAACUCUGCUAUCAACAAUCCCUUUUUUGGGAUUCUUUAACUUUGAAAAUUAAAUCUUGUUUCUAUCUUAUGAAAAG